AUGUCGAAGAUGGAGAGGGAGCUGCGUCGGCUUGAUCGUCUUCACGUCCUAAAACCGGUUGCUCGGGCGUUUGCGCUUGGAUACCUGACCACCACCUUGCCGAAACUUAUCUCUUUCCUGAAAACUCUGCAGAGACGAGAUCUGGGGACGGCAGAGAAGCUGCAGCGUCUUAUCCGCAUCUUGCAUUGUGGGUUCAAAUGGGACCGUUUCCCAGCAUUCUGUGCCCUGCUGGCCGGUGGUUCCUCCAUCCUCCCUGCGGCCCUCGUAGCUGUCAGAUUAAGAUUCGCCUCCAGUGGGUAUCGACCCCUGUCCAUUCCACUUUCGUCAGAGAAGCUGUUGCGGUUCCUGGCGGCCUUCCUGUCUGCCUUGAUCUGUUUUCCCAUCCUUAAUCGUACAGCAAAACAUCCGCACGGCAGGCGGCCGGAGACUAAGAAACAUGAUUCCUCCGAUGCGUCUGGCCAUCAAGCCAAGGGCGGCAGCAAUACAGAGGUCAGGGCUGAAGACAAGCCCGACCUCGCCGGCAGGACCCUAGACCUGACUCUCUUUGCCGCAACUAGAGCUACAGAUGCUCUGGUCAAUGUGCUCUGGGCGCGGUGGAAGGAUUCCCGCCGUGUCCAUGCCAAUGGCACCGGCAAGACAGGACGACGGAUACAGUCACUCGUCCCCAAACUAGCGGACACCGGUGUAUUCGCCAUCAGCUCCGCAAUCGUGAUGUGGGCUUGGUUCUACCUCCCCGAACGUCUACCUUACUCCUACGGCAAAUGGAUCAGCGAGGCCGCCCAGCUAGAUGACCGUAUCCUCGACGCUCUCCGCACCGCCCGGAGAGGCGACUGGAUCUACGGCCGCGACAACGGCGACCAAGUCGUCCUCGAAUCCAUGUGUGCCGACUACGGCUGGCCAACCGAAUGGGGCUGCCCAGAAAAAACUGUCCCCAUCCCCUGCGAAAUCGUACACAUGGGUUGUGGCCCCAACUGCGAAAAGACUGCCAUCUGGCGAUCGCGGUUCGAUGUCGAUCGCGAAAAAUCCGGACAUACAUCCACGCAGUAA